CGCUCCGUUGCCAAGGCUACAACCGUCUCCAGGGUUGAAUCUUCUGUAACUGUUGGGCGCUCUGGAGUCUCUGAACCUCCAUUCUCCGGCCCCUACACUUUUCUGGAGCGGAGGCGAGGGCUCGGAGAAGGCUGAGAGGCCAAGGGAGAACCCCUCGCGAGUUCUCCCGAGCCUCUCUGAAGCCGACCAUCAGGAUGAAGAAGUUUUUCAGCUUUGGCAGCAAGAGAGAGCUGUCUCCCUCUCGAGCCUCCUUCGUCCCGCGGAGGGACAACGGGGUCCUAGCUUUCGGCCCUAAUGCAGGAUACCUCCUCAGGGCCAAGGACCUGGGGAAGAUCCACAAAGCUGCCUCCGUCGGGGACGUGGCGAAGGUGCAGCAGCUGCUGCUGCUGGGGAAGGCAGGCGUGAACGAUCGGGAUAAAGUGAACCGGACGCCUCUACACCUGGCCUGUGCUAAUGGAUAUCCAGAUGUUGUGUCUCUCUUAGUAGAGAGGAAAUGCAAUCUAAAUCUGUUUGACAAUGACAGGCUAACGCCUUUAAUUAAGGCAGUAGAGUGUCAGCAGGAGGAAUGUGCAACUAUCCUGCUUGAACAUGGUGCAGAUCCUAAUCUUGUGGAUGCCAGCAACAACGCUGCACUUCACUACGCUGCCUCUGGACAAAACACAGCCAUAGCAGCAAAGCUGCUGAGACAUAAAGCAGAUAUGGAAGCAAAAAACAAGGAAGGGUAUACACCACUUUUGCUUGCAAUUAGAGGAAAUAAUCAAGAUAUGGUAGAUCUUCUCUUAAAGAAUGGAGCAAAUGUGAAUGCCUCAGAUAAGUCUAAAAGAACAGCCCUGAUGAUUGCUGUCAGUGGUGAACCAACAGGCAUAGUCAGUCUUCUUCUUCAGCAUGACGUUGAUCUCUCUUGCCAAGAUAUAUAUGGAUGGAAAGCUGAAGAAUAUGCUAUUUUCAGUGGUCAUUCCAUUCAUCGCCAACUAAUUAAUCAGUAUGGAACACAGAAGGCACUUAAUCAGCCCCUUUCACCCCAAAUUGGCAGUUCAGAGAGGGCUUCUGAUCCAGAAUUUGCUUUGGGUGGACCUGCCAUGGACCAGGAAGUAAUGGAAGAAAAUUCCCUGGAAGAAUCUAUAAGCAGACUCUGUGACAAACCUGGGGCUGAUGAUUCCUGGCCAACCACAGAUGAAGAAGAAUUAGAUUUUAGUAUUAAGAAACUCCCCAAGUCGAAGUUAACCAAAAUAAUAAGUGCUUCUCAGCAGAUAAGGAAAAACAAAUACAGUAGAGAAGUCAAUACAGAACAUAGAACUUUUCUUGGGCACAGUGAGUCAUAUAGCGAAAAAGAAGAUAUGACAAAUUCCCUUCCUAAGCCUUCAUCCCAAGCCCAGUGCUCCCCUCAUCUUGUCCAUCCCUCACUUGGCUCCUUUUCAAGGUCUUCCCAGAUGAUGUCUACUCUUCUGGGCAUUAAUAAGGUCCAUCAACAUCUGGCAAUUAUGGAAGAAUCAACAGAAUCAGAGGAGGAAGAAAAGGAAGAUGCUGUAUCUGUUGACAAUGGUACUAGAGAACAAACACUUCCUGAAACUGCAAAUCUUCCCAAUGAAGUUCAGGCUCACUGUACAUCAGAGAAUCGUGCUGUUAGAAAAGAUAUGAUGUUAGCAUUAGGAUUGGAAGAGGAAGAAGAUGCAGAAUCACCUUGGGAUUCAGAGUGUUCCACUGAAAGUCUCUCCAAAGGAUCUGCCAGGCACGUACCUGCAGCCACAAAUCAAACCUUAAAAGACAAUAUUUCAAUGAGACAACAUGAAGAUGUAUUUUAUAUACCUUCUUUCAUGAAUGGAUCAAGAAGCUUUAAGAUGAAUAAACUAAUGGAUAUGAGAAGUAUAGGCAUGCCAGUAGGCAACGUGGAUUAUCUUGAGAGACAUCCUAAUUUGAAGCCCCUUCAACCCACUAUUGAAAUGCAAGAUUCUUUCACAAACCAAGAAUCAGAAAAAGGAGUUAAGGGAAAACAAAAGUCAUAUUUAAUGGAAGAAUUUGAUUUAGAUGAUGCAGAUGACAUGGAUGAUGCUUCUGAUUGGGAUUCUCCCAGUACUUCUCAGAAAAGUGAAAGUUACAGAAGUUCCAAGGAUUUGAAUUUUAAUGGGAAUUAUCCUUGCCCCUCACUGCCACUGAUCAAAAAUCAGUCAGAAUCUACAGAAUUUGGAAAGAUUCCUUUAAAAGAAGAUGAAGCAGCUAGAGCUGGAAAUGGCCCUGAGACUGGGUUUAGCGAUGUGAUUCUAGAAGAAAAACCAGUGCCUCAGAAGGAGUGUGAACCACAGCCCUCUCUGAAAGAAGAGGAAGGUAAAGAAGAAUUGGAAUUUAAAGGAUCAUCAGAGGAAGGCCAAGAAAGUUUUGAUAAAAGUGACCAGGAACAGGACAAAGUACAGAUGGAUGCAGAUGAUCUUGAUGACCUCAGUCAGUCAUCUGACAUAGCUACAGAGGAUUAUGAUUUCCCUCCCUUAAACAAUAAGAAUGUUUUGUUAUUGAUUGAACAACUUAGUGUUGAUUGUAAAGAUCCUAUUAGCCUUUUGAAAAUUCAGGAUGCAGUUCUUAGAUAUGAACGAUUGGUAGAACUUAAAAAAGGACAUUGUUCACUACUCACUGGAAAAGUUAAGAGUUUAGAAAACAAGAUUACUGGACUACAGGAAGAAUUAUCAGAAUCAAGAGAAAUGAAAUCCCAUUUAGAGCAUCAAAAAGCAGAAUGGGACAGAGAACUCAGUAGCCUCAGGUUUACACUGAAGCAAGAGGAAGUAAAGCGAGUGACUGCAGAAAUGCUGUUUGAAAAAAUUAGAGAACAGUUAAGAAGAAAAGAAGAACAAUAUAGUAAAGAAGUGGAGCUAAAACAGCAACUUGAAUUCACUCUUAGAACUCUGGAGCUUGAACUGAGAACAGUAAGAAAUACUUUGAAACAGGUUGAAGAAGAGCGAAACGACACUCAAAGACAACUUUCUCAGGAGCAGUGUGCCAGAGCUUUGCAAGACAAAAUUCUGAAUAAUCCUCUUUGGAAGAAAAAGGAAAUAGAAGCAGCUGCCUCCAAAAUGAUUCAGAGUUCUGAGGUUCCUGAUAGCAAUGAAAAAGAAAAAUAUCUCCUGCAUAAGAAUCAAAACCUACAGGAUGAAGUUGCCAUGCUUAAACUGGAACUAGACACAGUAAAAAUUAAAGAUCAGGAGAAAGAAAAUCAAUAUACAAGAGAAAAUGAAGUUUUAAAAGAAAAGAAUGAUGAGCUUCAAAAGGAAUUAAAACUGAAUGAAGAAGCAUUAACAAAAACAAUAUCCCAGUACAGUGAACAAGUAAAUGUUUUGACAACUGAGAAUGAAAUCCUGAGCUCUAAAUUCAAGAAUGAAAAACAAAACAGAGACAGACUAGAGACAGAAAUUGAAUCAUACCGUUCCCGUCUGACUUCUGCUCUUCGUGAUCAUGAACGAAGUCAGACAACAAAACUAGACCUCGAACAUAGCUUUCAGCGAGAACGAGAUGAGUGGCUUCGUUUACAGGACAAACUAAAUUAUGACUUGUCUAGUCUAAGAGAGAACAAUGGUGUCCUUUCUCAAGAGCUCUCUAAAGCUGAAAGUAAAGCCAAUAGUUUAGAAAAUGAGCUAUACCGUGUACAUGAUUCCCUCAGAGAAAAGACACACAUUUUAGAAAGCGCACAAAGAGAAUUAAACCAGGUCCAAUAUAAAGCAAAGGAACUGGAACACACAAAUCAAAUGGAAAAGGAAAAACUGAACAAAUAUAUCAUCAAAUAUGAAUCUAUCCAAGAAAGAUUAGCCCAAAUCCAGAGUGAAAAUAUGUUGCUUCGGCAACAGCUUGAAGAUGCCCAAAACAAAGGCAUCCUUAAAGAAAAUGUACUGAGUGAUGCCCAGGUACAGUUUAUUGAUCUCUUCAAUAAACUUCGUGCUGAUACUGAAAAACAAGUUCAUAUGGUAGAAGACAGAAAUAAAGAGUUAAUCAGUGAAUGUAACUACUUAAGAGAGCAAAUGUGUAAAUAUGAAAAUGAGAAAGCAGAAAGAGAGGGUGCAGUAAAAAGGCUUCAAGAAGAACUUGCUGAUUCCCUGAAAAAACAAUCCAUGACAGAAGCUUCACUAGAGGUUACAUCACUUUAUCAAAAUGAUUUUGAAGAUAAGAAAAAACAACUACAGAAUGAAAUCGAUCAAACUAAAAGUAAACUUGAUACUGAAAAGGAGAAAUUAAAGAAAGUCAUUGAGUUAAAGCAAUCUCUGGGAAAUCGUCUAGAAAAAGAAAUGAAAAGAAAUGAUGAAUUACAGAAAGAACUCAGUGGAUUUAAAAAACUGUUGAAAACAACACAAAAGAAAUUAAGAGAAUAUGAAAAAGGAGAUGUUUACAAGGGGGCACUGAAGCAAACACAUUCUGAAACGGAUAGACAAAUUAAUAGGUUAAAAAAUAAGAUUGAAGACCUUACACAACAGUUGGAAGCAGCGUCUUCAAAAUGUAAACAGUUGGAAUCAAUGAACCAGAGUCUUCGAGAAGAGUUAUUUUCCAUGAAAAUCUUGCAAAAGAAAUGUGACAAGCUGGAAGAGAAUAAAAGACAAUUGGAAGAAGAAGUAGUUAAUCUUAAGCAUCAUUUGGAAAUUACUAAGCUAGAAGGCAGUCAAAUAGAACAAUAUAAACGUGAGAUUGAAGAACGAGCGAGGCAGGAAAUUGUAGAAAAACUAAAAGAAGUCAACUUAUUCUUACAGACACAAGCAGCAUCCCGAGACAACUUAGAACAAUUAAGAGAAAAUAACAAUGCUUCAAUAAGAAACCAAAUGGAACAACGAAUUAGAGAUCUGGAAACUGAACUCUCCAAAAUGAAAAACUCACAUCAAGACUCAACUGAGGCAGAGAUAGAGAGAUACAGACAGCUUUAUUGUGAAGAAUUAAAAAUCAGAAAAUCAUUGUCAAACAAAGUAGACAGAACUACAGAGAGGCUAGCUGAGAUGAGUCACCGACUCCUGAAUGAAAAACAGAAGAAUAAAAUUUUAAUCAACAGUUUUACUGCAAGUCCAAUUCUGGAGCCUCCACAUGUUGGGAAUAUUAAUACUAGUAUGUUCCUCAGUAGAAGUCUUAUUCCAAGAGGAAAUUUAGUAUAUUCUACUGGAAAUAUAAUGUCUUCAAAAAGCAGAGUGGAGGCCUACCUGGCAAAGCUCUGUUACCAUGUGCUGAUGCUGGAUAAAUUUGUUACCACAUUCUUUUAUGAUAUGCAGCAGGAGUUGGAAGAAAGUAUAGCUAGGGAACUUGAUGAAGCUACAGCUAAACUGGAUUCUAGAUCUUGAAGGACUACUAAUCUACUAAUGAUUGCUCAAGAAUACCAAUGUUAAAUCAGGAUCCAGAAAAAUUACAUGCUUUAAAGGAAAAAAUAAUGUUCAUUUAUGAAAUUAACUAUGUUUACAUAAUAUAUAAUGGCUUUCCAUUAAAUACAUAAAUGUGAAAACAAUCUGAUGUAUUAGAAAAUGUGUUGUGUUAUAAGUUUUAAUAUGUACUGUGUUUAUUUAUAUAUAUAUAUAUAUAUAUAUAUGUAAAUAUAUUUGUAUGGUUCUUUAUUAAAAAUUUGAUUUCUUUAUAUUUGUAGCACUGCCUCCCAAAUUGUUAGUUUGUUGCAGGUACUCUAGAAACCACUAAAUGGAUUGUAAUAUUUUAGUUAUCUAUCUUUGAAGGUUGUACUGUGUUUUCUAUUUAAUAAAAUAUUAAAUAAGAUAG